GAAGCUGAGGUUUGGCAAACAGGACCGCAGAACCCAAAGUCCCUGGCAUGAGGCAUCUCUGGCUUUGGCUGCACUGGCUCUUCAUUUCACCCUUCCCUGCGAACUCUACAGGCUCGGUGUGAGCUGUGCUGGAGAGCUCUGCAACUCUCACCAUUCCAUUAGGAGAUCACUUGCUCUUCACUUUGAAGAUGGAGAUGGGUGCAUUUAGACUGAUUUACUUGGUGGCCCUGGUCGUGCUUCUGGGUAUCUGUGCUUCAGCAUCAAUGAUCAGAGAGAAGAGAAGCUCUCAGGGGCACCAAAAAGACAAUCAAGAGCUUGCAUCUAAAAGAAGGAUCCUUGGAAAUGCUGGACAUACAGACCCUAUACAAGACAAUUGGCAGACAGACAUGCGACUAAAGAAAAUGUUUCCUGAAGAACAAACAGUGGAUGAUUUUACAGGCUCUGUGUACAGCCCACUUGAGGACUAUGAAAGUAAUCUAUCAACUCCAAUGUCUUACACAGACCUGUCAAGUUCAACCCCAGCUGCAAGUGGAGACAACGAAGCGAACGCAGGUCGGCCCUACACUCAUGGCAAUGUCACGGAAAGAGACAACACAAUGAUCCACAACCCAUUGUAUCCAGUGACAGACGGCUCCUACAGUGCCUACGGGAUUCUGUUUCUGGCCCUGGUGGUGUUCACCGUGGGGAUUGUGGGUAACUUGGCGGUUAUGUGCAUUGUGUGGCACAACUACUUCAUGAGGAGCGCCUGGAACUACAUCCUGGCCAGCCUGGCCUUUUGGGACUUCUUGGUGCUGUGCUGCUGCCUGCCUGUGGUGGUCUUUAACCAACUCACCAACAGACGGCUGUUGGGGGAUUUCUCUUGCAGGGUUGUACCUUACAUGGAGGUGACAUCAUUAGGUGUGACGUCUUUCAGUCUAUGUGCACUGGGCAUCGACCGCUUCCAUGCCGCCACAAGCUCUCUCCCAAAGGCCCGACGGGUGGAGCGCUGCCAGUCUGUUCUGGCCAAGGUGGCUGUGGUGUGGAUCGGGUCCAUGCUGCUGGCGGCCCCUGAGCUUCUCCUGUGGCAGCUGCACCAAACCAAAUCACCAUCCCUGGGCAUCCAGGUAGACACCUGCAUCAUGAGUCCGUACCCUAACCUGCCAGAGUCCAUCUACUCCCUGGUCAUCAACUACCAUGAUGCCCGCAUGUGGUGGUACUUCGGCUGUUACUUCUGCCUGCCCAUGGUCUUCACUUUGCUCUGCCAGAUGGCCACCUGUCACGUCUCCGGCGGCAGUGGGAGCGCUCCCAAGCGGCCCGAGGAGCGCUCCCCGUCCAAAAAGCAGAAGCUCCAACACGCCCAGCAGCUGGAGCGGCAGCUGAACUGCACUGUCAUGGCCCUGGCCGUGGUAUACGGCGUGUGCGCGCUGCCCGAGAAUGUGUGCAACCUCACACUGGCAUAUGCGCCUGUACAUGCGCCCGAGAACGUGCUGACUCUCCUAGCCCUGAUAAAUCAGUUCUUCCUGUUCUUGAAGUCAUGCAUGACGCCAGUGCUGCUCCUGUGUCUGUGUAAGACAUUGGGCCAGGCAUUCAUGGACUGCUGCUGCUGCUGUUGUGAGGAAUGCCAGCCCAGUGGCUCAUCCUCUUCCCAAAAUGUCUCUGAAGGCAAACACAAUGGCUCAAGCGAGACGUCCACCUCCGUUUUCUUCGACAAAGCCAAGGACAGCACCACCAUCUUGUCUAUUGGCAGCUGAGUCAGCUGACCUUGCUCCUAAGUGAUGAGGUCACAUGAUCAUCCAGAAUUGUUCCUCGCAUCCAUCUUGUUCAUCUCUUUGUGUGAUAUGGACAUCUACUGAGCUCUUAGGUGGGGCUAGAAGUUGUCCCUUUGCUGCCUUGAGGUUUCUCUUGUAAUGAACUAAAGUCCCAGUAUGGGUAUAGGAUAAACAUAAGAGAUAAACUACAAGAAGAUCCCAAUUCAAACACUUCUAGUUUAUAGUUUAACUAAUCAAAACAUAUGUGCCAUUGUGCCAUAACAGUGAUAUUAUUGUAAUGUCAUCUCAAGCCUCUUUGGACUUUUAGCACGUGACCCAGUCACAUACAUUCACUUUCAUUGAAUACAGUUCUGUAAAAAUUUUUAUUUUUUUUUAUUAAUAGUUGUAUGGGUAUUAUAUAUUUAGUAAUAAAAACGUUCUACAUAUCAAAACAGCAGAGAAUAAAUUACAUAAUAGAUCAUUUGCUUAAAUAAGAAUACCUUUUAAGACACUCAUUUAGUUGUGAAAUUGUGUGACAAAUAGUGCAUGUUACUAAUUUUAAUACAUUUGGGGGGGUUUUGAGUUGUUUGAAAAUAACUAUUGUGCAAGUUUGCAUACUUUAUUAUUAUUUAAUAUUGUAUAUGCACUGAACUGUUUUAUUGGAAUGUAAAUAAACUGAAGCUUUGAAAGCAAAAUACUAAAAUUGAA